AUGAAUCUGGAGAAGAAGAUUUUCGGCGCCUUCACCACCCAGACAACUGCCCGCCGGGAGGCGUUUGCGACAGUGAACAAGACCCUGAGCCAGGCCGCCAAGUUGCAUCAGCACCUGGAUGCAAAGGUUGACGCAGCCGCCGACAAGGCCGCACAGCUCGCAGCCAAGGCAGCAGUCAGCAAGUCAAUCCCCGCGCUGCGCAAGGCGGCGUUGGCCCAGGUGGAUGUCGAGAGGGUGAUCAGGCAUGUGAACAGCGAGACCACACAGAUAUCCAAGAAGGUUGAGGAUAACAUCAAGGCCGCCGACACCGCAAAGGCAAAGGCGCUCGACGAGGCCGCCAGCAAGGUCGCCAAGGCCCAGGACCGCCUGUCCGGCGCCCGCGCCGACUUUGACAAGUGGCUCGCCAAGAAGGCCUACAGGCGGGAGGCCGGCGCCGCGCCCUCCCCUCUCAACGGCGCCCCCGCCAGCCCCACCUCUGGCUCCCAGGGCGCCGCCCCCGCGACGCCGCCGGCGGCCGUCUCGCGCGCCGGCGCGGGGCGUGGGCUGCUCGCGGCAGACGGCGGGAUCGGCGACGAGAUUCUGGGGGCUCGUGCGUUCUUCCUCAGCAAGGCCAGCGCGAUCGCGCGCAAGGUGGCAGAGUCUGCGGACGCCGUCAAGUGGGUUCCGGCCAAGGUGGUCGACGCGGUGUCGCAGGUGCCGCGCGCCGAGGCCGAGGCAAUCCGCAAGAUCGGCGACGCGGCGGCCGGCGCGAUCGCGACGAUGCCGCGUGUCGAGGCGGAGGCCAUCUCGCGCGUGUCGCACGCGGCUGCCAACGCGCUGGCGGGGGGCGGCGGCCACUACUUCCAGGGCGCGGGCCGCGGGCUGCUCGUGGCCGCGGCGGCGGGCGGCGCGGCCAAUGCGAACGCCAAUCUUGCGGGGCCGCCCGCGUACCUCAUCAGCAAGGCACACGAGUUUGCCCGCAAGGUGGCAGAGUCAGCGACGGCCGCCAAGACGGCGCCGCUGAAGGUGGUCGACGCGGUGUCGCAGGUGCCACGUGCGGAGGCCGAGGCAAUACGCAAGAUCGGUGAUGCGGCAGCCGGCGCGGCGGCCGUAGGCGGCAGGAUCGUGCCGCACGCGAUUGCGGACGCGGUCACGGCGAUCCCGCGCGCCGAGGCGGACGCCGUGACGCGGGUUUCGGACGCGGCGGCAAACGCGCUGGCGCAGGGCAGCAGGUACUUCCCCGCCGCGCUCGCCGACGCGGUGAACCACGUCCCGCGCGCCGAGGCCGACGCGGUCCGCAUGAUCUCGGACGCCGCCUCGAUCGCGAUCGUCCGAGGCAGCGACGCGAUGUCCGGCGCCGCGGCCGAUGCGAUCAGGCAGGUGCCGCACGCCGUCGCGUCCGUGCCCGUGCACGUCGUGGGCGCCGUGGCCGGCGCGCUGUCCAGGGUCCCCGGCGACGUCGCCGGCGCGAUCGCGUCCGUCCCGGGCCAGAUCAUCGGCCAGGCGGUCGGGGCGGCGUUCCACCAGAUCCCGAUCGUCGGGGAGGCCAUGGGCACCAUCAACAACGCGCUCGGCGUCGCGAACAACGCGCUGUUCGUCGCCAACUCGGGGCUCCGCCUGAUGGACAAGGCGGGCGACGCGGCGUCGUACCUCAUUGCCAGGGGCAUCGAGGCCAAGAGCAAGCCGUAUGUGCCCUACGUGCCCUCGUACACACCCUCGUACAUACCCUCGUACAAACCUUCGUAUGUGGCCUCUUACCAGCCGUCUUACCACAUGUCAGGCGCCAGCGCAAAGGCGCAGGCGUUCAGCAAGGGGCGCUGA